UAAUUUAACGUAAGAGAUAUCUAGUUUGCGUUGGAGAAAAUUUGGACAAGACGCAGACUUGCUAGGCCUAAAGAAAUUAAAAUGAUGGGGUUCAGUUGAAUUUAUGAGCCAGCGGCAAUAACAAUAUGGGCAAACAGGAACAGAGUGAAGAGUAUGACCAGGACGUCAGAGACAUAAUUGACAGUUUGAAAUCCAAAGGUCUCUUCGAUCAGUUUAGGAAAGAGUUUGUGGCUGAUGUCGACACAAAGCCUUCAUACCAGAAUCUGAAGCAGAGAGUUGAAGGCUAUGUCAACAGAUUUCUAUCGCGCCAAACAUGGAGUCCAGAUUUAAACAAGAACCAACUCAGAGACAACCUCAGAAGACAGAUCAAUCAGUCUGGCAUGUUGACCAAUGGGGUGGAGAGGGUAAUCGAACAGCUUGUAAAUCCAAAGAUCCUACAUAUCAUCAAGCCAAAAAUUGAUGAAGUCAUUUGCAAACAACUGGGUAUUGAUCCAGAAAAGAGAAAGGAACAUGUCGAACAGAGCAAGCAACAGCACAUGGAAAAGAUGCAAAACAUGCAGAGUUUGAUGAACGUUAAUGUAACACCAGAAAAGAGCAAUCAAAAUGGGGCAUUACCUGGCUCACAAAGUACAGAAUUUUCUUCACCAGGAUUCCAGGGGGAUGGAUGGUCACAACAAGCACCUGCCCCUGGCCAGUCAGGUACUAAUUUCUCCCCUGGGGGAAUGAAUUUUCCGAUGGCAACACCAUUUUCACAACAAUUUGGAUUCAGCAUGCCACCUCAAAUGUUUCCUUACAUGCCAAACUCGUGGAACAACUACAUGUUCAAUCCUAUGGCACCUGGCCAGAAUUUUGCUCCACCUACAUCAGCGGCCAAUGCACAAGACACUUCAUCGCCAGCACAAACAGGGACUCCCAAUGUAACAGCUGGAGAUAGUCCUCCCAAACCAGAUUUGCCCCCUCUGCCACCCUCACCAAAAACUCCACCACCUCCAGGAACUGAGGAGGUAGAGAUGGAAGAAUCUCCUUUGCAAACCAAACCAGACGAGAAGAAAAUAUUGGAUGAGAUCCCUCUUCCACCACCUUCAAAAAAGAGUGCAGAGGAUGAUCAGGAAAUUCUUGAGGAAGAGAUGACAGAUAUUCCAAGUCUGGAUGAAAUUCCAUUACCACCUGUCUCAGGAGAUACAGAUGACUCAUCUCAAGAUCAAGGAAUGAAGAAGUACAAGUUUGCCUGGCACGAGGACCAAGAGGAUGCAAACUCGAACUUGACAGUCAGCUCUGUGCACACCAGUGACCUGUCAGUGUCGGAGGACUUCACAUCGGAGAGUGAAUUAGAGUACAGUGAUCUGACAGACCACGAAAAUGAUGAGGACGAGAUGCUCUUCAGCCCCGUUAAAUCUGAGGAGAAAAAACCCAGUCCCGAUAAAGUAGGGGAGAAUAAGCAGGAAUCAGAUGCUGCUGUAGAGAAGACAGAUGAGGAGGAGGAGAAGGCAAACACAGGAGUGAAUCAAGCUGUGGUAGAAAACACAGCUGAAUCCACAGAAGAAAAAGAGGGAUUGAUUUCACACCCUGAAGUCCAUAUGGCGGCUCAGGCCGAGAUGAAGGAGCCUGAGGUUCUUAGCCAAACAACUGACAACACUGGAGAACUGAGCUCACCACCUAAAAGAAAACUGAUCUCCCUACAGUACAAUUUGAGUGACAGUGAAGAUGAGGAAAGCAGGGAGGAGAGAAAGGCUAGAGUUGCAAAAGAAAAAGAAGAGCGAUAUAUGAAGAGACUCCAAAGGCGAGCGGAAUUGGAAGCCAAGAGGAAAGAGAGGGAGGAAGAAAAAGCAAGAAUGAGAGAAGAAAGGAAAAAACAAAAGGAAAAAGAAAAGUCAUCUCCAACAAAAUCGGAAGAUAAAGGGGAAUCUCUAUCUGAGGAGGCAGAGAAGAGUCAGGACGAACAAACAAACCAGGGAAGCCUCCCGUCUCCGGUGAAAAAACUGCCCGACUCACCAGAGAAGAAGAAGAGAAAGACAAAGGCUGAACUGAAGGAAGAACUGACAAAACAGAAAGUCAUGGAGAAGAAGGCGGCCCUACGGAGACAGAGAACACGAAAUAAAAGAUACACGUCUGAGGAUUUCACCUCAAUCUUCAAUGAAAAGAGCCAGCCAUACAGCAGUGCCAGCUAUACAGACCUGGUGAUGGAGGAAGAGCAAGUGGUAGAAGAAGUGAUAAUGGUGGAGUCUGAAAUCAUCAUGGACGUGUCCAGCACAGGACUUGAGGAAGAAAUGUCAACAGAAGAGGUUCAUCAUCCACAAGAGGCAUCAUCAGUGUCAACAGAUACACAUGUGGUGGAGGCUGAACCAGGUCAAAUGAAUCCCAAGAAAAGGUCACAGUUGAAGGACAGUAACAGAGCAGGUCACGGUAAAAAGGAGGGUCACCCAGAGGAGAACAGACAGGGCUCCAAAUGGAAGCAGCAGGACAGCGAAUCAAAGCCAGCUAGGGACUCAAAAGCCACCAAUAGACACCCAGACCCUGGGUUUAGACGACCAAGGGUAGAAGAUGAAAGGGGACCAAGUACAAAAAGAUACAAUCCUUCAGAUCUGUACAAACCACGUCCAAAUAUUGCUCGAAGCAGCAGAAGAAGGGGCUCCUCCCCAACUCAACAAAAUGCAGAAGACUCUGCUAGCAAAACAUCUGCUUCUGUUGAGGUCAUGGCCUCUAAAGAGGUCAAGCAGACUGUGGCAGAAGAACCACCAGAAAUCAUUGAAAUUGAAUCAAGGUCACCUUCACCUAUAAGUUCUAGGUCAAGAUCAAGAUCAAGCUCACAUUCAAGAUCUAGGUCAGACUCAAGGUCCCGUUCUGCCUCACGUACCAAAUCAAAAUCUCGCCGCAAGAAAAGGCGAAAGAGGCAUUCUAGGUCACGGUCAAGGUCAUAUUCUGAAUCUCGAUCAAGGUCAAAUUCUAAAUCCAAAUCAAGAUCCAGAUCAUAUUCCAGAACAAGAGAUGGAGCGAGUCCCAUUUCAUCUUCCUCUCUAUCUGUGUCAAGGUCACCCUCACCAUCCCGACAGAGUAGUAGGUCGUCGUACUCCAGAUCUAGGAGUAAAUCUAGGUCAAGAUCAAGGUCAGUGUCAAGGUCCUCAGAGUCUUCUGUGGACGAGUUUGGAAGACGUAAAAGAAAAGCAGGGAGGACGCCACUCGAAGAAAUUGACUUUGGAGAGGCGGCUCGCAUGGCCAAGAAGAGUUUGGUUGGAGUGGAUUUUGGAGAGGCCGAAAGGAGAAGCAAACAGGAAAGAGAUCCCACAGCAACUGCUCCGAGAGCUCCUGAAUUUCCCCCUUUUAUAAAAGGGGACCCAACAGCCACUGCAACAAAAGCUGAUGAAUAUCCCCCCUUUAUAAAAGGAGAUCCCACAUCUACUCCCACUCCAAGAGCUACUGAAUAUCCCCCAUACAAAAAAGGGGACCCAACAGCCACUGCAACUAGAGCUACUGAAUAUCCCCCCUUCAUGAAAGCUGAUCCCACAUCUACUGCAACAAGAGCUACUGAAUAUCCCCCAUACAAGAAGGGUGCCAUGCCCUUCGGAAGCCCGCCUGUUCCGGGGCCCAUGCCUCCAGGAGACCCAGCCUUUCAAAAGAGAAUGUCAAAAAAGCGAGGCUUCCCUCCAUCAAGAGGGGUUCCAAGGAGUAACGCUCUACGUGGCAACUGGUACCAUCAGCCUUGGCAUUAUGAAGAAGCUGCCAUGGAUGAAGAGAUGGACAUGCCUUCCUCUCCCUCCAGACGUUACUAUCCUCCGGACAGAUCCCCACUCCACUAUGAUGACCUGGAUUCUCUAUCUCCAGAUUCCAUCGGGAGAAUCUCUCCGAAUAUGACUAGGUCUUCAAGGCAUACUGCCUCACCGUCGCCACCUCCAUAUGGAGUACCCAGAGGAAUGAGAGGCAUGUCAAGGUCACCGUCCCCACCCUACCACAUACGCAGGCAUUCUCAGUCCAUGUCACCUCCUCCCUAUGCUGGAAGGCCAGUGAAUUAUUCCCAAUCUCCCUCUCCACCCCCUUAUCUUGGAAGGUCCAUGAGGCGCUCUAGAUCCCCCUCCCCUCCUUAUGGUGGACGGCCAAUGAGGCACUCGCAGUCUCCAUCACCGUCACCUCCUCCAUACAUGAGUAGGAGGCAGCGUUCACCCUCCCCAACAUACUCAAGAAGGCCCCCUUCACCAUAUGAGGAUUCUCACCCAUCUCCUCCUAUGAGGGGACCUAGAGGGCACAGACCGCCUUCGCCUCCAUCUCCAUCAUACAGAUCAUUGUCACCUGAGAAAAGAAUGCGCACAAGGAGUCAGAUGUCGCAGUCUCCUUCCUAUUCAUCCUCACACAGAGGAAGACUGUCACCCUCACCACCUUUGGAUGAAGAUGCACCAUCUCCCCCUGAAUAUUCCCCUCCCCCGCUAUCUCCGCCAGUCCCUGGAUAUAGGCCCCCUUCAACGCCCCCUCCACCCCGUCUACCAAGUUCACCCUCACCCCCACACCGACCUGUCACCAGAGGCUACCACUCCCCAUCACGCUCCCCAUCCCCUCCCCCCAUGCGACCUGUCACACCCCCAUCUCGACCAAUGACACGUGGUCAAAGAGCUGUGUCCCCUCCCAAUUUGGCAAGCCCUCGGACUAGGAGGUCUCAGAGACCACCAUCUCCCCCUCCUCAACCUGCCAUGGUUUCUAGGUCAUUGAGGGCAAAGCACAAUGCCCCCCAGAGGUACUCUCCACCCCCACUUCAGAGGAUGAGACCCAGGCCACAGUCACCUCCCCCAGCAAAACGGGGAAAACGAUGAUCUCUGUGAAAAAACUGUGCUAAAUAUAUUGAACCUUUAAUUCUAUGAUUCAUUUAAUGUACAUACUGUACAGUAGUCCAUUUACAUGUACAUGUACUUGGUCCACAUAGCUCUCUAUGAAUGGGAGAGGAGCGUGGUUUGUGGCGAUGAUUAUAAACAUAUUUGUAGAUAAUUUCAUGUACAGUACUACAUGUACUUGUAUUCAAUUUGUUGUUGUAAAUAAAUUGAUGCCAAGUAUAACAAA